AAGCAAAGAUCUUAACCGACGCAAGGGUGUUAAUUCAUACAAAGCAAUUACCCUUCCCCGAAUGGGCUGAUGCCCCAUAUGUUUCGCUCCUAACCACCAUGGCUUUCAAUUGGCAAGAGUUCAACACCGUUUGGAGGGAUGCCAGUGACUUCAGUCUCGAACAGAAGGCCAUUGACAACAUUGUGAGACAUCGCAAGGAGUUUGGAGACGAGUUGUUCUUUGAUCGGAUAUGGAAAUCGAUAGGAUUGACCCAGCCCUCAAAAAAGACCUAUCCUCCCAGAUCCAACCAAGACCUUCGAUCACUAUGGACCAAAGUUGUCCAGUCUCCAGCCCCUGAUGAGCAGAAACUUGCUCUUCUAUACUAUAUCCUCCUCGACAGUCGGCAGACACUCAAGACGAGUCCAGCAGACACAUUUAUCCGCAAAACACAUCUCCCUCAGAAAUACGAACUCCUCAUUCUAGGACUAUGGGAAUUAGAUCAUGCUCAAUUUGCCCGAGCCCUCGAACACCUCACCGACCCUACGUUGACCCUCCCGUUUGCCGACCAAAUCCUCGUCGCCCUUUUGAAACACCCCAAAUCCGACCCAUCAUUAGCCACUGCAUUCUACAUCUGUGUCUCUCCGCCCUUGGAAGACCCCAAAGCCUUGGAUGCAUACUCCGAUCUUUUAUCGUCUAAAGACCCCAUCCAGGCUGUCUAUUUAGCCCGCAGGCAGGACCAAACAAAUCACAAGAGACUGUUGGACAAACUCGUGGUCAAGAUUCUUCAGGAAAAGACCCCCAAUCGUCGAGCAGAGCAGGCCACAUUACUAGUGGGAAUGGCCUUGACCAAGCAGGAAGAAGAAUGGCUAGAGCAAUGUCUACUGUCUGGCCCCGCCUCCAAACUUCCUGGUGCGAGCGAUACCGUGUUGGUACGCCGGAUAGCUACUGGUAAGCUAUCCGCAGAGGACGGGGAAGCAAUUGGCCGAUUAAAGGGUGAGAAGAUUGACGGGGUUAAUUGGGAGAAUGUGCGGCAAUCCAUUCAGGAUGCCGUUCCAACGUGACCAUCAGCCUGUGUCAGAUAAUUAAGUCUACGGCCACAUUAUGUCUCCAUGGUGCUCAAUCAUAGAAUGAGAUGUGAGACCGUUGCAAGCAUGCAACUCGCAGGACGCCACUGAGCGGUAACUACUGUACUUUAGAGGGAUGGCAAAAAUAUCAUUAGGCCAUAUAACUUUCGAGUGGGCUACUGAAACCUGACUUAUUGGACAGAGGUGAUAGUAUAUCAAUC